GCGGCGUACACAAGCAAGUAGUACGUAAACACGUCGAACGGUUGAACGUUGAACGGUGCGAGACGUCGCUCGUGUAAUUUCUUUCUCGUAAACGAAAAGAAAUCCGGUUACGGGGUGUCGCAAAGUGAACGUACGCCGAAUAUUCCGUUCCUUCGUGUGUCGAGUGAAACGAGUGGAAUUUCGUCGCUGGGCGAGAUAAACGCCGAGCGCCGUGCUAAACGCUGGACGUACGCCGUACGUGUCACGUGUCAUUAGAUUUUGUGCACGCGCCAGAUACGGAAUAGGUGAAGAGAGAUACAAAGAGGAUAAUCAGCUGAAACUGUCAGAAGAAUUUAAGACUAGCCUCCAAAACGAUGUCAGCUGAAGAAAAUUUUGAGCAGUUCGAGGACGAAGAAACAGAGGUUCCAAUUGGCGGGACUCUGCCCGGUGGAAGGAAACGUCUCUUCUCCAAGGAGCUGCGCUGUAUGAUGUAUGGCUUCGGCGACGAUCAGAAUCCUUACACAGAAAGUGUCGACUUGUUGGAAGAUUUGGUUAUCGAAUACAUAACCGAGAUGACACAUCGAGCUAUGGAGAUUGGACGUACAGGACGUGUUCAAGUGGAAGAUAUUGUAUUUUUAGUGAGAAAGGAUGCCAGAAAGUAUGCCAGAGUGAAAGAUCUUUUAACGAUGAACGAGGAACUUAAGAAAGCGAGAAAGGCUUUCGACGAAGUUAAAUAUGCAGGUACUGUCAAAGAGUAGACAAUACAAAUUGUAAUGUUAUAUCCAUCAACGAAUGUAAAACUGAAUGCGUAUAAGUUUGUAUUAAUCUACUUGAGAAUCUCUCGUUCGUUUACUUAAGUAAUCUUUCAAAUCAGCAUGAUCAAGUUGCAAGUAGUAUUAAUGCAAUCUGUUUGGUCAUAUAAUUGAUCUGCAUAUGUACCUUGAGCGAAGCAAAGUAUUGGUUUUUUAUUAUUUACAUUUAUUGCUGGGAUAACGUCGCUUUAUUUUGCAAUAACAUAUAAUUGUUCAUAAGUAAACACCUGAUUUACUGUCUUUUG